GAUACGUGAGAGCGGGAAAGACCGUGUUUAACAGAUAACGGGAAACCAUCCAGUCGAAUCGUAUCAAUAUACUAAAAACUAAAUAUGUAUUGCCCGUUUUGUGGCAGUUCACUUGUAAGAAAAACAAGUUUUUGUGAGUCUUGUGGACGGUCACUUCAUGUCCUGAAGAAUGUGGACGAGGAGAUGGCUGGACCGAGCAACCUGGGAGCGUGCGCUGAACAACAACAAGAGCCAUGCCCAUCUUACAAGAAAUUUGUGGAGUUUCGAAGUGCCAAGUCAAAAGAGCGUCAGUCAUUUCAUGUCGGCAAAAAAAGAUUUAAGCAGGCAUCCAAACGUGUACAAGUAUGUUUUCUUUCUUUUACUUACCCAUGUGUAGUAUGUAUUUUUCUGUGUGGUAUAGAGCAUGGAUAAUUUUUUUUUUAUUGUUUCUAGAUAAAUAUUGGAUUGAUGGUGCCCCUGGGAAAUGGUAUGGGUUUGAAACCUGUGAGAGGGAAAACAUUACCAUUGUUCACAGAUCCAGAAAUCACUGCCCCAGAUCUUUUGGAGAAGGCUAUUCAUAAAAUGAAGGCCUUCAAUAAAGAUAUGGCUCCUGGACCAUUUGUGCUCCUUUACCCGGAUUGCUCUGAAGUUGUCAAUGUACCAGGGUCUGACAAACCAUUCCAAUUAGGGGAGUAUAAAAACGAGAUUGGAAAGGCCUAUUCCAGAAUAACGCUCUUCAUUUGUCAAGAGUCGCACUUCAAAGGAGAGAAUGAUGAGGUUGAUGAAUCCGAUCCAGAAAUUAUCAUAACUUCAAGGAGCACUGAAAUUCACAGGGACAUUCAUCCACAGUCCAGGAUCAAGAGAUAAUCAUAUCUGACUCAGAGGAUCGGGUUCCCUCAGAAAAAAAUGCUUCCAGUUCCUGUUACCACCAAUACACAAACCUGUAUGCACCACAUGUUGAAGAGGAGGAGGAGGAGCUAGUUCCACAAACUCUGGACCAUUCGGAGCAUGCAACAAUGGAAAGGACUGACCUUCUACUGCCUGAUGUUAUUUCAAACCUUUCGAGUGUUAUUGACCAUACCCAAGUUAGCCGAUUUAACAUUUCCAGAUGUGAUGUUUGGGAUGGUGCAGUCAGGGGGUUCAGACGCCAAAGUUUUUCUGAAUUCUCUGACAUUCUGGUGAAAUUCAGUGAUGAUGCUGGAAUUUUGGAAGAGGGAUUGGAUGGGGGUCCAAGAAGAGAGUUUUUAACCCUGCUGAUGAAAUGCCUGAAAGAUCGACCCAUUUUUGAUGGACCAGAUGGCCAUCGCUUCUUGGUCUACAACUCAAAAGCUGUGAAAGAGGAUGAGUACUACUUGGCAGGGAAAAUGAUUGCCGUCUCGAUUGUGCAUGGAGGUCCAGGGCCCCAUUUCCUGUCCGAAGAUCUUGUUAAUCAUCUUGCAGGACAGAAGUCAUUCAAGGGGACGAUUGAUUUAGUGACAGACGCAGAAGUAGGGAGAGCUUUGCAUGAGAUUCAAAAUGCUACUACGCUGGAUGCCCUGCGAGAAUGCACCAUGAGGCACAUAACAAUGUUGCAGAUGGCAGGUUGCAUGAGACAUGUUACUACAAUCAUGGAGAAGACUGAAAUUGUGUCUGACUACCUGUCAUGGUUUGUCAUUUACCGCAAUUCAGCAGUUAUAGACAGAUUCAAAGACGGUCUCUCUGCAAUGCAGUUUCUAACUGCGUUACAGCAGCACCCGACUCUGCUGGCUCCUGUUCUGUGUCUUCAAGAAAAGCCACUCACCGCUGACGUACUUGAGAGACUUUUCAGACCGGAUUUGAGUCCCCAAGGCAGCAACAGGAGGCGCCAGGAGAUACAAACUUUGAGCUUCUGGGGAGAUUA